UACCUCUGUCUGACAACACAAUAGGCAGGCGGAUUACAGACAUGUCACUUGAUAUCGAAAAAAGUGUUAUGUUAAAAUUGAAAGCUGUCGAAUUUUUUGCUAUUCAAGUGGAUGAAAGCACUGAUUCAAGUGGAAAAUCACAGCUACUUGCUUUUAUUCGGUUUAUUGAAAAUGAUGCCAUAGUCGAAGAAUUUUUAUGUUGCAGGGAAUUGCCAGAAACAACAAAAGGACAAGAUAUAUAUGAUGCACUUACCUCAUACUUGAAUCGCUGGGACAUGACAUGGGAAAAGUGUGUUGGAAUAUGCACAGAUGGCUUUCCCUCAAUGACUGCAAGUGUAAAAGGUUUUGUUACACUGGUAAAGCGAUCUCAGCCAAAUAUUUCAACAACUCACUGCUUUCUUCAUUGUGAAGACCUUGUUGCCAAAGCCAUUGGCCCAGAGCUAAAAGAUGUACUUGACAUGGUGGUCAACAUAGUCAAUUACUUAAAAUCAAGGCCAGUGAAAUGUCGGCAGUUCACCAAACUUUGUGAAAGCAUGGAUGCUGAACAUGUCACUCUUCUACUUCAUACUGAAGUCCGAUGGCUCUCUCGAGGACGAGUGUUGUCUCGGUUUUAUGAACUUUCCAGUUCUGCUCAGAAAUCAUCAAGCACAAAUAUCACAUUAAUUUGUAUACUUUUUACAUAAACAAUAAAUUUUGAAAAUAUUGCGGCUUUUUUGUAAAUAAAUGCAUGUAAAUUCUUUGUAAACCUUGUAAUUUAUUUAUUAAAACUUUCCUUAUAUACAUAGGGAUCCGCAAGAAAAUCUGAG